AUGUCUAAGCAAGAGCCUGCCGACCAGGUCAAGUUCCUUGUGUCUUGCAUCGGGCAUACCAACAAUGGCCGACCCGACUUUCAGGCCGUCGCUGAUAACCUUGGCAUCGUCUCCAAGGCAGCCGCCCAGAAGCGAUACGAAAGAAUGCUGAAGGCCCAUGGCAUCAAGGCCGGCGGCCGCACCAACACAGCUGCCAAGGAAGAGUCCACAACCGGGUCCAGCAACGGGGAAACUGUGUCCCCUGCGAAGCGCAAGGCCAAGGCUCCCGCCGCAUCGCCUGCAAAGAGGCGAGCCCGAACUACUCGCGUCGCCAAGAAGGAGGACUCCGAUGAGGAACCCAAGCCCAUUGCCAAGGCAAAGGGCUUGAAGCAAGAGGAAGAUGUGACUCCUGCAUCUCCUACAUCAUCUCUGAGUGAUGCGCCUCCUUCCGACGAGGAGGAAUCCUAA